AUGAUGGGAACAUUAAAUAGUUUACCAGGUCAUGAAAGAUUUGAUGAUCCAUCGGGAGCAGCUAGUAUAUUUUCGGAUAUUCGAGAUCCUGAUGAUGUUGAAUUAGUUACGGAUAUGGUCGAUGAUAUGACUAAAGAUGAUGAUAUCGAAGAUGAAUUUGUUGAAGCAUUAAAUCCGAAUUUAUCAAUUCCAAGAUUGAAUCCACAAUCUGAAAGGCAACCAGCGGGAUGGUUUUCCGUAUGUUUAAAUUAA